AUGUAUCAAACUGUUUACCUGCAGAUGCUGACGCAGAAGAUGCAGGAAACUAAAAGCGUUUGUGAUACGCAGUCGCUGACCGACAGCGUAACGGACUAUCCAAUAGAAAAUGGGCGGAGGUAUCACAGGUACCAUGAAGGAGCCUACCCUUAUCCUAACGAUGAGCAAGAACUUGACCGUCUCGACUUGCAACAUCAUAUGUUAAAAUUGGUCAUGCAAGGGCAACUAUACAAUGUCCCAUUAAAAGACCCGAAGGAAAUUCUCGACAUCGGCACCGGAUCUGGCAUAUGGCCGAUAGAGAUGGCUUCUUUAUUCCCCCGCGCCGCGAUCACAGGAACGGAUUUAUCACCCGUACAGCCUACGGAAGUCCCGGAAAAUGUUCAUUUUUUGGUCGACGAUGCUACAGAGGAUGAAUGGCUAUGGGAUACGGAUCAUUUUGAUCUUGUUCAUAUUGGCCACAUGAUUGGAGCUAUGCCAUCAUUCAAACGGUUAUUACAUACAGCUUUCAAAUACUUGAAGCCCGGUGCUUAUCUGGAAUGCCACGAAAUGGACCCGAAACCCAAAUGCGAUGACGGGACGAUGCCACCCGAAAACCCCGAUGGCUAUAGCACUUUUGCUCUACACGACUGGUUUGACCUAAAUGUACAGUCAGGCAGAGAAGUUGAGCCUGCAAGGCAAUUUCGAAUCGCUCCUCGGAUUGAGCGAUGGAUGAAAGAGGUUGGGUUCGUGGAUGUUGAGCAACGAAUUUUCAAGAUUCCGACAAAUACCUGGCCGACCGAUGAACACUUAAAAGAAGUCGGCAAAUGGAGCGAAAGCAAUUGGCUUGAAGCCUUGUCAGGCUGGUCAUACAAACCAUUUCUCGCGCUGGGAUGGUCAAAACCAGAGAUCGAGGUUUUCCUUGUGAACGUGAGGAAGAGUAUACAAGACCGAAACGUGCAUGCAUACAUGGACUUUUACGUUGUGACAGGGAGAAAACCUUUCCCGGAGAAGACAUCUCCUGAACACCGAAAGCGAAACGAACAUGCCUGCCGGCAUGCUCUAAACCCGCCAUCGACCCCGAGUCUGGAUCAUCUCUGGAUCAGUGACGACUUACUCGCGACCACCUUCCGUCGGUUUGCGAACGGACAACGACGCCAUGGGAGCUGUGUCCCCGGACCCCUAGAGGCACGAAGACGCCUUGCCAAGCGGAGAAACACGGCUCUCGCGGGGUUGGGGGGUGGACCGGCUGAGGAUAUCGCGUGUUUAUUUGGACGCAAUGGGCGUGAGCAUAUGAAGUGGACCGAUCAUCCAUGGCAGCGAGCGCAUCUCGACACCCAAGGCUUAGGUAACUAUGCAUUUGGCACAUCCGAGAUUCCCCUCCCUCUUGAACAUCACGAUUCCGAGCCCGUCCAACCUUUAAUUUCGCAUAAUCGCUCCUCAACUUUCGAUUCAAACCCUCCGAACCGCACACAGGCCCUGCAGCAAUUCCUAGAACAGGGCGACUGGAACAUUGAAGAUGCUCGAGAUAUUAUUCGCCAAUUGCAUAUCGACCUUCAGCGUGAGCCGGAAUUCAGUAGGCAAAUCUUCGAUCAUAUCAUUCAGCGUUCGCCGGUGGACCUUGCGCAAGCAGUCGCUUUCCUGGAAGAUCCCUUCCUCAACACAUAUGGAUCUGGGAAUUAUCUCGCUGCCGUGGAGUUGUUUGCGCAGAGCAAAAAAAAGCGAUCAGGCAGAAUCGCGAUUCUAAAUACAGUAUCACGCGGACUAGAACUAGGGUUGGUCCCAACGAGUGAGCUGUGUUCGAUUAUCCAAACUCUACCAAAAAUACUCAUCGAACGAAACAAGACCUUGGAUGCCUGGGAUCAAAAAGCCUUACUGAAACAUCACCGAGCAUUGUGGAAAGCUAUUGGGAAGUGCAACAUCCUCGGUUACCAUGAUCUGGACAAGCAGGUGACAAGCGUCUGGCUUCAAGAACUUUUGCGCAUUGGAAGCUUUCGGUUCGCCGAGGAGGUUAUCGUUGCUACUCACGUUGUGAACUCUGAUAAGUCCUGGCCUUCAACGCUGGUCCUGAAACAUCUCGAAUGCGCGGAUGGAAUUGACGAAACCGCAUCUCUUCAACGGGUCGGUAGUUUUCUGGACCAUCUUGAUGCAGAUGCAUCUGCCAAGUGUAUUAUUGGCGUCACUGAACACCUCGCCUCGAUCGCAUCUGACAAUGAGAUCCGCUACGAGUUGCUUGGUCGAUGGAGGGACUGCUUAUUACAGAUCUCGGCUACGUCUGCGAUCGCGAAGUCCCAGACAUGGCUUGAUAUGCCAUUGGCGUACAUGGGUACUGCAAUUGAUCACUCUACCUCGUCGAAUAUGCCGAUUCAUUCCCAGAUUGUUUUGCGUCUCUGGGCCCUCAGAACUUUGAGUCGGACUCUAGCUCCCAUGUAUAAUCAAAGCUCUAGGGUGACGGAUUUACCUAUCUGUCAAUUACUUAACCUCUACGAGAUGGUUACGCAGAAGACUGACGAAUCAUAUCUGUCGAACUUCAUGCAGGGCAUUCAUGAGCUGGAUCUUCCAUAUAACAGUCUUCUGUUGCUGGCUGUUGAUCUGAAGCUGAGAAAGCUAACAUCAAAAGCCACCCGCCAAACUCUCCAGCGAUUGGAAACUGCGCAGACCUCCUUAUCAGAUAUCUGGACAGACCCUUCUGUCUAUAGAGGGAUUCGAAGACUUUUCCACGAGACAUUCGAACAAAUGUUUCGCAAUAUGGAUAUCACCAACCCCGACUCCGUGGCAGAAUGCCUUCAUCUUGCUCGCGUGGGAGACUCAAAGGAUGUGUGGUCUCUCCUCAGACUUCUCAACAACCACACACCUUUGAAACUUUGCCUUCACAAAGCCUGGGUGCCUAUCCCACACCCUGAUGAGAAAGCGCUGGUUCGCUAUCAUCCAGAGCCCCGGGACAGCCAAAGCCCUGAUCCGUAUGCAGCUGUGGAAUUCAUUCAUCAGCUAGCCGUUGUGUUCUCCUGCUGCAAGCAACUUACUCCUUCCCGGUCGUUCCACCUUGUUCACUGGAUCUAUGACUACUUACGCCGGCAUGGUGGCCCCGUACACCCAUCUUUGGUACGAGCCAUGUAUCAUGCUGGUGUCGUGCGAUAUCGUAGUGAGGGACGCCGCGUCUCGGGCACUCAAUAUGAUUACAUUCUCUGGAUCGCGAGGAAAUUUGAGGGGCCUGGUGUUGUCAGGGAGCUCACCAAUGGGCCGAUAAUCGCCAGAGGAAGACCUGUUGAAUACGAAGAUAGCUAA